CUCAGCUGCCUACCUUUCUCCCUCCUGCACUCCCCUGUACUCUUCUCCUGCUUCCCUCAUAGAAUCAGCUACUCGUUUGGAGCCUCUGCUUGAGGAGCUUUUGGAGACACUCAUCAUUUGCAGCCGCCAUGGUUCACAGCAGCAGCAGCAUCUGCAGACUUCUCCUGCUAGUACUCUUCAGCCUCUUGGUAGUCUUUGUCCAUGCAGACACAGUUUCAGACACCAUCUCAGCAACCAGAGACAACCAGGACACCCUGUCUGGAGAAGAGCCACCGAGUGACAUCACCACCAAACCCCCCAUUUUAUCAGAGUUGCCCUUCACCUCUGGCUAUGAGGAUCCCACACAGGUCUUCAAUGAAGAGGAAGGGGCUCUGGGGCCGGGGGCCAUCACAGCCAUAGUUAUAGCAGUCUUCCUGGGAGCAUCUGUCCUCCUCGCUCUCAUUGUCAUCACGCUCAGGAAGUUGACCGCCUCCUAGAGAAAACACAUCAAUUUUUAUGAGUGUAUGCAUGUGUGUGUGUUUGUAAUGCAUGACUGUUUGUGCAUUAGCGCUUCUCUUCCGAUUCUCAGCUCGAUCUAUCAACUCCCAGCUCGACCCAUGUGUAAAACAUGUUUUUUUUUGCUUUGCUUUAUAGGCUGAAAAUUGUGGCAGGUCCCUUAUCUGACGAUUUGCAGAUACAUGUAGAAACACUCAAGUUGUUGCUCAACACGUCCACUUGUUGCGCAAGGAACAAUCUUAGAAACUGGCUGGCUCUUCCAGUACAAUACCGUUGGUGUCAUUUGUAGUUUUGUUUUUUUUUUUGGUUAAAAACAAAUGGCUGUGAGCCAUUUGUUUUCCAGUCGUCUCAUUUUUGUCUUUUUUUCUUCAGUACAUGCUCUUGCUUCUUUGUUAACAGGAAGUGUUUGUGGUUUUGUUUGUCUGUGUUUUAAUUUUCCAAUCAGUGAGACAUGUAUUUGAGCUUUUCAGCCCUACAUGUGAGGUUUUUUUUUUUUCAGUCAGGUGACUGUGCCUAAAUCAUUUCUAAAAUAUUCUGUUGGUGUCACCGUGCAGAAGUUUUUAAAGUUUGUAUUACACCAUUAACAAACAUUUGUAGAGUCAAAUUAAGAAGAGAACAUUUUUAAAAGGGCCUCUUUAAUGAAUGUAAAUAGCAGGGUUGUUUGUACCUGCAGAGCAAAUACGCAGCUAGUGCUUGGAUGAAUGUGUCUUUGCAUGUUUGUGUGGUUUUGUUUUGUGUCUUUUUCUUUUUUGCAGGGGGGAAAAUUACUAUAACAGUAUUAUGAGAUAUUUUUCUGUACAACCCAGAGUCCUCAGUCA